AUGACACAAUGCAGGAGGCAGUGUUACAGUGAACAACAAAGUAUCGUAGAAGAACAAUUAAGACGAAACCAAGUAGCUGUUGUAAAACUUGUGGAGGGCAAAUCUGACAUUUAUGGCGACUCGUCGAAUUUCUGCUACCAGAAACCUUACGAACCAAAAUGGCAUGAUAUUUGGACUAAAGUGCAGAUACGGGUAAACAGCACCAAAAUGAUUCGGCUGACACAGGUUGAUAGUGAGGAGCAGCUAAUGGAAAUGGAGACCUUCACUGUCUUCAACCUGUUCUCUUUCUUGAAGGAAAAAUUGAAUGACACUUACAUUAAUGUGGAUCUCCACAGCAGCAAAACCUGUAUUAAGGUGCACGUAAAUGAGGCAGGCACUCGUUAUAGUGUAGUGCUUUCAAGAGGGUUUGACCCCAAGCUUUUCCUGGUUUUCCUACUUGGUAUUCUAUUGUUUUUCUAUGGCGAUACACUUAGCAGAAGUCAGAUCUUUUAUUACAGUUCAGGAGUAAGUGUGGGUAUGGUGGCAUCAAUGCUCAUUCUUGUGUUCAUACUCUCCAAGCUGCUGCCUAAGAAAAGUUCAUUCUAUAUGUUACUGGUUGGCGGUUGGUCAUUUUCUCUUUACAUCAUCCAGCUGGUGGUUAAAAACUUCCAGGGAAUCUGCACAGAAUAUUGGCAGUAUAUGUUAGGCUACCUGUGCAUUGUGGGUUUUGUCAGCUUUGCUGUCUGUUAUAGAUAUGGCCCACUUGAAAACGAGCGCAGUAUUAAUCUGCUGAAUUGGACGCUGCAAGUGAUUGGUUUGCUCUUAAUGUAUGUUGGUGUCCAAGUGCGUCAUGUUGCACUGUCUAUGAUGGCGAUUGCUUUCUGCACGAAACAGAUCGAGUACCCCGUGCACUGGGCACACAUUCUUUACAGAAAGGUGUUUCAAUCCAGAGGGAAGCCCAGCCCACCACGCCUUCUGACAGAGGAAGAGUACAGGAAACAAGGAGAGCUGGAGACGAGGAGAGCAUUAGAAGACUUGCGGGAAUACUGCACUAGUCCAGACUCUCAAGCAUGGAGGAUUGUGUCGCGCAUCCAGUCACCAAAGAGGUUCGCUGACUUCGUGGAGGGUUCAUCUCAUCUGUCACCAAAUGAAGUCUCUAUACACGAACAUGAAUAUGGUCUUGGUGGCUCUUUCUUGGAAGAUGAGUUGUUUGGGGAGGGAAGUGACAUGAAUACGGACGAUAAUGAUGACGAACUGGACAAUGGAAUUCAACAACGCUUGUUGAGGUCACCUCAUAGUUGAGGUUCCUUGGACUUCCUCUUUCAUAAAAGCAAUAAAAAUCAUAUUGGAGCCAUAUUUGGACUCUUGGAAAGUCACUGGUUGAAAACUGCUCUGGAGCUUCUUACCCUUGUGACCUUUAAAGACUUGUCACCAGAACUAGGUUUAAAUUCCUCAAAUUUGCUCGGUGCUGUUUUCCUUCAGCUCUAGAUUCUGCACUUUGUGCUACUAUGCAAAAUGGCAAGCCUGCUGGAUAUACUGCACAACAUAUGGGUACA